AUGUCAUCAAAACUUACAGUUUGUCAAUACGAUGAAAAUUGUUAUAAUCUAUUUGACUCCAAUCAUACACAUUAUUUCAUCCAUACCUGUCCAUUCGGGAAGGAUUGUUCUCUCCUCACCAAUAAGAAACACAAUUUAACUUUUAAACAUGAAACUAAUUUUUCGAAAGAAAUUAUUCGAAAGGCCAAACACUUUUUUUCAGAUGUUUCGAAUGUAAUUCAAGGGAUUGAUGAUGAACAAUUAGUUUCUUUGAGAUGUCCAAAUUGGGAAAAUUGUAAACUCACCAAUGAUUCCAAUCAUAAUUUUCAAUUUUAUCAUCCGUGCAAGUAUGGACUAAAUUGUAAAUCAUUACUGGAUGAAAAUAAGGAAUUUUCACACAAAUUCAAGUUUCAUCAUCCGUGCAAAUAUGGUGAAAAAUGCUAUAAUAAGGAAAGAUGGCAUAGAUAUUGUUUUAUACAUGGAAGUGAUGAACCUGUGUGGAAGGAAUGUCAUGGGGUGAAUGAGAAGAAGAAGAAGCAGAUUGAUUCUACUAAUCAGUCAAGUAGUCAAAAACCUGCCAAAAAUCAAACUACCUAUCAAGCUCAUUAUGGUAAUAAUCAGAAAGGAACUAGUUCAGUUUCUAAUAGUCAUCAACAACACCACCAACAAAAUCAACCUCCUCCAAUUCAAUAUGCAAAUCCCAAAAUUUUACAACCAAUUGCAAAUUAUCCAAAUCAAGCAAUUCAAAAUUAUCCUCCUCAAAAUUUUUACAAUCCUCAAAAUUCUGGAAAGCAAUUUCAACAUUUUCAUGUUUCUCCAGUCCAGAAUAAUCAGGUCAUCAUUGGAUCAAGAUCAGAAAAUCUACCACAAACUAAUCUGUCCUUUCCUCCACCAACUAUUCUGGUCUGUUCCUAUAAUAUUUUGGCACAAUGUUACAUUUCUUUGAGUAGAUAUUCGAAUAUUACCAAUCAGAAAUAUCUGGAUUGGGAAAUACGAAAGUAUAAAAUAUUUUCCGUCUUGAAGGAGAGAAGAUUUGAUAUAAUUGGUCUACAAGAAAUUGAUAAUCAACAUGCUUCUCAAAUUCAAUUCUUUCUGGAACAAGAAGGAUUUUCAGUUUACCAUUCGUAUAAGAAUUAUCCAAAGAAGGACGGCUUGAUACUUGCUAUUAGAAAUACCAAAUUUGAAAUAUUCAAUAAGGGAGAAAAGACCUUAGUGAAGGAGUAUCCUGAAGUAUUUCAAUACGUUAUUGCAAGGGAUAGAGUGAAAGGUCGAUUCUUCUGUAUUAUAAAUUGUCAUUUGACAUUCCAACCUCGUGAUACUGGCCCAAGAGAAAAACAAGUGAAUGAAAUUUUGAAUCAAAUUGGAAAAAUUGCUGAUCCUCAAAAGACAAGUAUUAUUUGGUUUGGAGAUUUCAAUACAAGUCCACACGAGAAACCAAUACAAUUAAUUGAAGCUUGUGAAAGUAUUCCACUGCAAAAGAGUCAUGAUACAGUUCAGGAGUUUUGGACUUGUUGUGGAACGACUGGUAGAAAUUCAAUAGUUGAUUACAUAUGGCAUUCUCCAAGUUUGCAAGUGAAAGAUAGUGGACCUUGUUUGGAAUUCGUUCCAAAAUCAAGUAUUCCUGAUGAAGAUCAUGGCUCUGAUCACUUGCCAUUGUUUGCAGAAUUCUUGUAUUAA